GCAAAUGUAUAUGGCCGCGGAUAAACAAAAGUGCGUGUAGAAAUAUUGUGCAAAUCUCCAAAUAAUGACCAAUCCACCGAAAUUUGUGGGCACCGGCUUGGAGGAACUGAAAGUUCCCGGCCAGGCGUAUCUCAGGGAUGCACUGACUUCCUGCACAGACCCUCUGAAAGCGAUUGAGAACUUUCAGUUGGAAAAUGGGAUUCUACUUCCAUCACUGCGACCAAUGCUUCCUCUAUUGGAUCUCCAUGGUGUGCGGCGGCUGGAUUUUCACACUUCUGUGCUGGAGGAGCUGCGCGACAAGCUAGUGGCGGAGAUAAACAAACUUGGCGCUAAGGAAGGACGAGAGCGAGACAAAAUCUUCGAUAAACUCCUCAAGGAGAGCUUCCCAGUGGUCCGGGUGCGCGCCCUGCGACCCAUCGUGAUGUGUAUUCUCCGCAACACCCCACACAUCGAUGACAAGUACCUGCGUGUGCUGGUGCGGGACAGGGAACUCUAUCAGGACACCGACACUGAGGUGAAGAGGCAGAUUUGGAGGGACAAUCAGUCUCUCUUCGGCGACGAGGUGUCGCCCCUCCUGUCUCAGUACAUUCGCGAGAAGGAGCACAUACUCUUCGACCACAUGAACCUCAACAAUCUCUUCUUCACGCCCUCACCGAAGGUGCGUCGCCAGGGCGAAGUUGUUCAGAAGCUGGCCAACAUGAUUGGCAACAACGUGAAGCUGUACGACAUGGUGUUGCAAUUCCUGCGCACACUCUUCCUGAGGACGCGGAAUGUGCACUACUGCACCUUGAGGGCGGAACUGCUGAUGGCUCUGCACGAUCUUGAGGUGCAGGACAUCAUUUCCGUGGAUCCGUGCCACAAAUUCACAUGGUGCCUCGACGCGUGCAUUCGCGAGAAGAAUGUGGACAUCAAGAGAUCGCGCGAGCUGCAGGGCUUCCUGGAUAAUAUUAAGCGUGGACAGGAGCAGGUGUUGGGCGAUCUGUCCAUGACACUGUGCGAUCCUUAUGCCAUCAACUUCCUCGCCACGUCUGCCAUCAAGAUUCUGCAGCAUCUCAUCAACAACGAAGGUCUGCCGCGCGAAAACACCAUUCUGAUCCUGUUGCUGAGAAUGCUGGCGCUGGGACUCAGCGCUUGGGUAAUGAUUGACUCGCAGGAGUUCAAGGAGCCCAAGCUGGACAGUCAAGUGGUGACGAAAUUCCUUCCCGCCCUCAUGUCGCUCAUGGUGGACGAUCAGGUGCGUCAUCUGACCGCUCGUCUGCCGCCGGAUGAGCGUGAAAGUGCCAUCACGACUAUUGAACAUUCGGGACCGGCGCCGGACGCUGUGGAGGCGUACAUUCAGGAGAGCACGGUGGCCUCCAUCCUUGCCAUGUACUACACGCUGCACACGGCGCGCCAGAAGGAUCGCGUGGGCAUCCUCAGAGUCCUGGCCAUCCUGGCGUGCUGCAAGGAUGACAGGGCGUACGAGGAUCCCUUCCUGCACUCCCUCAUCGCCCUGCUCAUUCCCAUGGCGGAGGAGUUCACGGCCGAGGACUUCUGCACGGGUCUCUUUGAUGAGUUCCUCUUCGCGCGCCUCACCAGAGACAACGUCACGCGCCACAUGCUGAAGCUGCUGUGGUACAUCCAUCCAAAACUCCCGGCCGCGCGGCUGCAGACGCUGCUCAAGGCGCUCCAACCGACGACGCAACACCACGAGAAUGUGCACAAGUUGUACGAAAAUCUGCAGACGAGGAUUGGACUGGCGAUUCAGGAGACUCAAGCUGCUUCCGAGGCGAUGGAGAUUGACUACGAUUCACCGCUGAAGAGUGUGCCAACGCCAAAGCCUCACUAUCUCUAAUUGAAGUGAAUGCAGUGAUAUUUGAAGAGCUUUUCUUUAUCUUUGGACAAGUGAUAUUAUAAGAAGCUUGAGAAUUGAUUACACAAGUGAAAAAUAAAGAAACAGAAAAAAAUAAUAAUGGAAAGACAAAUGAAAUCUGUGAAAAUAAAAGAAGAAUAAAAAAGAAUUUUAGC